AUGGCGUUCCAGCCGGCGUUCAACGCGCGUCUCAUCAGUGAGGUGCGCAAGUACCCGUGUCUUUACAACCACUCGCGACGUGGCAGCGGGGACACGAUGGAGAGGCAGCGGCUGUGGGAGUCUAUCGCCAAGAACAUUGACGCGAACUGCGCCGCCGAGUUCGCCAAGAAACGGUGGUUGCAGCUGAGGGACCGCUACCGCAAGGAACUCAAGAUCGCCAUCAAAAACGGGUUCGUGACGCCCGUCCGGUGGUGUUAUUUCAAUCAGUUGUCCUGGUUGGACCCCUAUUUGAAGGAUAAUAUGUGAGUUUUUUUGGGGGGCAGCAAAAAUGCCCGACAAAAUAUUUGGCCGAUGCACCAACCAACCAUCUCGUUUUGCAGUGGUCAAGUGGCGGACGAGGGCAAGAAGACGACAAUAGAGGAGAGUUCGUCGGCGCCGUUCAACUGGUUCGGCUUCCCUUCGCUCACGACGAUAAAGGACGAGAUGGAGGACGAGGACAGCGAGGAUCCGGCCCUCGAAUCGUCGGUUCUGGACCGUCUUCUGGCACAGACCGCGCAGAGAUUGGACAGUAUUUCGCCGGAGAUCGAGAACGACGAGUCGGGGACGCAGUCUUUGGACGGCAACGAUCGGAUCGACGUGGAGGGCAUGGAUUCGGACGAGAAGUCGUUGAAGGGCGAGCUGGAGGAAGAGGAAUUGGGCGGCGAGGUCGAGGAGGAGGAGGACAAAAAGCCGGCCAUCUCUUCCAUGUUGGAGGUGCUCCAGAAGCCGUCCGUCGAGACGCUCAUCGCCGCGAAUCAGGCGAGAUUCGCGCAUCACCUCGCCGCGCAGCUCACCGGAAUGUCGUCGAUGCUCCAUGGCGCGAAGAAGUCGGAGAGUGCGGCGACGCCCAUUUUCAAAGAGAGCUCGUCGCCAGUGCAGCAGAGGGCGCAGACUCCGCCCCCUUCCACCUCGUCCAAUGGAGCGCACUUUCAUCCGUACAAAGAGGCGAUGCUGCGGAAUAGACAUCAUUCACGGCAAGCAGAGCAGUUGAUGAGACACCACUUGCAGCAGGUACUGUACUUUUCUGGGGGCUCUUGAAACAUUGAAUAUUUUUCAAAUUUUCCGUUUUUCAGGUGGGUCGUGUGGCUCUCGAAUGGUUAAACGACGAGGAUUUGUUGUACAGCCGAAUAAUUGGCCUCAAACUGAAGAAAAUGGAUCCGAAGAAGCGAAAAAAGGUGGGGAUUAUCGAUUAUUUGCACAAUUUCGCAAUCAUCCGUAAUUUUGCAGGUGCGCGACCAAAUAAUGUCGCUUUUGGAGGAGACGGACGACGGCGGCGACAACGAGGAUUCGUGCAGUUCGCACAGUCCGUCGGCGCGGGACCACGACGAAGAGUGCCACGUGGAGCCGGCGGAGAGCGAGGUGUCGCCGACGUCUCUGCAAAUUUAA